CUUUGCUCAACAAAAAACAUUAAGUUUGGAAACUGGACAGGUGUAACAGUGUUCGCUGUGAAACCUUUCAAGCUUAUAAAAAAAACCCAUUAGUUGUUCGGUAUUUUUGAGACAUAAUGUCCGAUAAUGAACGUGUGAUCUUGGCUUAUAGUGGAGGAUUGGAUACUUCCUGCAUUUUAGUUUGGCUAAUUGAAAAAGGAUAUGACGUUAUUUGCUAUCUGGCUAACAUAGGACAAAACGAAGAUUUCAGUAGCGCUGAAGCAAAAGCGUUGCGUCUCGGGGCAAAAAAGAUUAUAAUUGAAGAUUUACGUGAUAGUUUCCUAAACGACUACGUUUGGCCUUCAAUUAGAGGCGGAUUGAUUUACGAAGAUCGGUAUUUAUUGGGGACAAGCCUUGCUCGUCCUUGCAUCGCGUCUGGUUUAGUUCGCGCUGCGAUUCGUGAGAAUGCCAAAUUUAUUUCGCACGGAGCAACUGGCAAAGGAAACGACCAAGUUCGUUUUGAACUAGCAUGUUACUCGCUCCACCCUACAGUCAAGAUUAUUGCUCCUUGGCGCCUGCCUGAAUUUUUCGAACGAUUUGUGGGUCGACAAGCACUUUUUGAAUAUGCCGCUGCUAAUGAUAUUCCACUACCCGUCACUCCAAAAAACCCAUGGAGCUGUGACGCUAACCUUAUGCAUAUCAGCUAUGAAUCUGGGAUUCUAGAGAACCCCGAUCAAGAAGCUCCGGAGUCGUUGUAUCAAAUGACUUCCUCCACGGAGACGGCUCCCAGUGAUCCAACUAUUCUAGAAAUCACGUUCGACAAAGGCAACCCUGUGAGUUUAAUGAACAUUCAAACUAAGGAAGCAAUCACAGAACAAUUGGCACUUUUUGUCAGUUUGAACGAAAUUGCUGGACGACAUGGGAUCGGACGGAUUGACAUAGUCGAAAACAGAUUUCUAGGCCUCAAGUCACGCGGGAUCUACGAGACUCCUGCGGGAACUGUUUUGUACCACGCUCAUCUUGACCUUGAAGCGCUCACUAUGGAUCGGGAAGUUCGCAAAAUCAAACAGCAGCUCCAGCAAAAAAUGGCCGAUCUUGUUUACUGCGGAUUUUGGUUCAGCCCCGAGUUUGAUUUUAUUCGCCAGUGCGUUGACAUAUCUCAGAAAUGUGUUAACGGGACAGUCCGUGUUUCACUCUUUAAAGGACAAGUCAGAAUUCUGGGCCGCAGAAGUCAACUUUCAUUGUACAACCAAGAACUGGUUUCAAUGGAUGCACAUGGGGGCUACGAUCCGGUGGAUGCUGGAGGGUUUAUACGGGCGCACGCAGUGCGGCUGAAGGAAUAUUAUCGAGUUCAGACGGAAACCGAAUAAAUACCCCCUGAAAAACGAGCACAGCCUUAAAAUCACGCAACUAACACCAACAGAAGCAAACGAUCAAAAUCGGAGUGAACCCUACACUCAUGCAACUCAUUAAGACUAACUGGAAAAUAGCGCACAGUGAAAGAUAACGUACUCAGUAUCGGCAAAGUAAAUAAAAACAAACAUGUAAAGCAAUUAGAAUCUGUAAACAAACCGUUUUACAAUAUAAAAAAAUAUACAAUAAAAUUGAAGUAGUAAGGCAACAGUUUACGGUUAAAAAAUAGCAGUUCACAUCAAAAUUCAUAAAUUACGUUUUUUUUUGUACUACUUUCCGAAGAAACCCAAGUAACCUCCAAAGUUUCCCCAGAAAGGGCGAUAGCCAUAGCCGUAGUAAUUGAAAGGACUAUAAUCCUCAAGUCUGUUUCUGAGUCUAAAGAAACGAGCAUCGCGUUGUGGCAUGUCGGCAACAGGAUCGACCUCGAACUCUAAUCCUAUCGGUCCGGAAUUCACUCCAUCACUAGUCAGGAUCACCAACAUUCCCAAUAUGCACAAGACGGUCUUUUAAAAGAAAAGACACUUAGAUUAAGUUUAACAUCAAAACCUAAGAAAAUAUAGACUACUAUGCAUGCAACUACUAUGUAGGCAAAGUUCACAAUCUUACCGUCAGUUUCCCCAUUUUGAAGAAUUGAGCUGUCAAGAGCUGAUUAACGUUGUAGAAACAACUCGUUUUCCACCAAGACUUGUUUUGAGUUGACGACCUGUCGCAGUUUAUAUCGGAGAACUUUUAUCCUGUAACGCGAAUGGGCUACAUCAUCUCUAUUUCCUGGAACGGGACUUGGCGUGUUUAUCUAAAGGACACACAAUGCACAGGUCAAGACUCAGUCCACCGGAAGCUGUUAAGCGACACAUUUAUACAAUCAAGAGGAAAUAGUAAACGUGAAGUUUUUUCCUGGGGACUCUAUAUAAACUGAAAUCAACAAAAUCAUUUGAAACAAAUGGCUUACUGUAAAAAUUUCGUGAACUAGAACAUUUUUCCUUUCUCUUCAUUUUCUUCUUGGAUUGGCAGUAUGUCAAAGCUUAGUUUCUUGAAAGGCGGAUUCACGUCCGUUGUCUUGAGCGUAUACAUAAUCUCCAUAAAGAAAUAAAGACAGGUUCUUCUCGUGAUAUAAAUAUACAUGAUUUCUCUGGAUGGCGAUGGCAGUUGGAUUUCUUGCAACGAAGAAAGUGACCUCAUUUCCAUAACGGAAAAAUGGGGAGAGGAAUGACCACUACUUCAGCUUCAAAUACGGUGUUCUCGUUCGCUUUAACCUACACUCAAGCACUGAGGUGGUUUUCCCCAUAUUCUGCUGUUUCUUGAUACAAUCCUACGUGCGUUCUAUGUUACAGAUUAACAAAAAAAAAAAAAAACUAUCAGAAAAGAACCAUGAUUCAGCAAAGGAAACGCAGUCGUAAAACAUCAUUAAUGUGAAACAAUAGCUCGGGGUGAUCUACGUAGAUGGAAAAUCCCAAAUUAUCAUUGUUAAGCCAUUGAUGGCAGUCACGUAAUACAAGAGUCCAAUUCAGUGCACGUGUUAUUAAUCGGUCGUGCUGGUCCGGUGAAAUUGCGCAUCAUGUAAGAGGUUCCUACUUUCUAUUUCAACUACAACCAGAUGACCCACUGAUUGGUUGGUUCGCCAGCGGGUUCAUCCCAGAUUUGAGAUCCGCUAAUUUCCUUCGGCGUAUAUAAGCUGGCUGCAAAACUCUGCCAAUAUCAAAUCGGCACUCCUAGAAGACACAAGCUAAAAACGGGGAAACAAUUUUACUCUUUUCAAAUUCAAGAUGAAGAUCCUUUUCCUUCUUUACGUCUUUGCUAUUUCCGUACUAAUCGCCGCAGCUCAGAAAAGCAACAUCAACAAUAACCUUGCUGAUCUCGACACCGCGGAAGCUAUACCGUAUGGCAAUACAGGACGUUAUCGUCGUCCACCCUAUCGAGGCGGACCACCAUCCCAUUUCCGCGUUACUGGAUAACGUACGUGCAUUUCUCAAAUCUUGAUUUGUUUGCUGGCCGUGUUCAUCCUAUUUGAAAUUACAGAAUAUUAAAUGUUGACAUUUAAAAUUGUACGUACAUGUAAUAUUGUGUACCCCAAGAAAUAUACACACAAUGUCUUACCGCAAA